AGAUCGCAUCCUUACUAGUUUUGUGAGGUGUGUUUGCAUUGCGUGUAUUUGCUUCUUUUGUUUUCCUAAACAAUUAAUUUCAAUUUUAAUUUUUUUGUCAAAAGUAUAGUGUAAAGGAUUAGUGUAAUGAUAUAAUUUCGAUAAGUCGCAUUGGACAAGAAUUGGAGAGGGGGCAAACGAGCAUGCGGCUCACCUGAUGGUAAGUGACUACCGCCGCCCAUGAACAACCGCAACACCAGGGGAAUUGCAGGUACGUUGCCGGCCUUUUAAAAAGGAGUAGGCUCUUUUCUUGAAGGUCCCUAAGUCGUAUCGGUCCGGAAAAAUCGCUGGUGGUAAACUAUUCCACAAGGAAGUUGUGCGAGGAAGAAAACAUCUUCUAAAUCGCACAGUGGUGGACCGCCAAUCAUCCAGAUGGUGUGGAUGGUAUCGGGAGUUCUGCCGCGAUGUGCGUUCGUGAAAUUUGGCGGCUGGGAUUAAUCCGAACAAUUCCUCAGAGCACUCCCCAUGGUAGAUGCGAAAGAAAAUGCUAAGAGAUGCAACAUCUCUUCGCAGUGCCAAUGAGUCGAGCCGAUCGGAAAGGACUCGGUCGUCGACGAUUCGAGCCGCUCUGCGCUGGAUGCGGUCAAGUGGAAGAAGCUGGCACUGGGGAGCCCCAGCCCAGAGAUGGGAACAGUAUUCCAUGUGAGGCCGAACCUGCGCCUUGUAAAGUUGCAGGCGUUGAGCCGGCAUGAAAUACUGUCCCGCUCUGCUGAGCACGCCAAGCUUUUUAGAGGCCAAUUUGGCCUUCUCUUCCAAGUGACCACGAAACUGCACGCUACUCGAUAUGUCGACGCCGAGGAUUCCGAUACUGGCUGAGGCAACAAGGGGAGUACCUUGAAACUGAGGAGAUACUACAAAGGGAUUCUUUUUAGCGGUAAACGCGCAAACUUGUGUCUUCUGAGGAUUAAACUGGACUAGAUUUAGUCGCCCCCAAUCCGAGACUUUGUCCAGCAAAGACUCGACUUCAGACACAAGUUUGUUCCGGUACUUGGUGACGUUUUCCCGAGAAAUAUUGGCACGGCCGGUGUAUAGAGCAUCACCAGUGCUGUCAUCUGCAUAGCAAUGAAUGCUACCAGCUUGCAACAUAUCAUUGAUAUGCAGAAGAAACAGCGGUGAUAGCACGCAGCCUUGUGGAAUACCAGCGUUAAUAGGCUUGUAGUCGGAGCAUGCACCGUCUACAACGACCUUGAUGCUCCGAUCUGCAAGAAAGCUGGUGAUCCAAUUGCAUAAUUUCUCGGGAAGCCCAUAGGAAGGGAGCUUCGAAAGAAGCGCUUUGUGCCAAACCCGAUCGAAGGCCUUCGCAAUGUCCAAACUAACGGCCAAUGCCUCCCCCUUGGACUCUACUGCCAACGCCCAUCUAUGAGUUAAGUAGACCAGAAGAUCACCAGCUGAUCGACCCCGACGAAAACCGUACUGGCGGUCACUAAUCAGCUGGUGAUCCUCAAGGUACCGCAUGAGGUGGCAGUUUACAACGGAUUCCAUUAUUUUGGAGAACAAGGGGGUGAUGGCGAUAGGCCUGUAGUUGGACGGAUCUGAGCGGUCGCCUUUUUUAGGGAUCGGGUGGACAAAAGCUGUCUUCCAUGAUUUCGGGACUACGCCUAGGGAGUAGGAGUACCGGAAAAGACGCGUUAGAACCGGUGCCAACUCCGGAGCACACGUCCUCAGCACAAUUGGGGGGAUUCCGUCAGGCCCACUCGACUUGUGGAUGUCAAGGGAGAGGAGUGCUCUGCGAACCGAGCGCUGUGAGAAUCGCACAUCCGGCAUGGAGCACUCACACCGCGGGAUGGUCGGCGGUGUGUUCCCCCCGUCAUCAACAGUCGAGUUCGACGCAAAAAGGGAGCCUAAAAGGUCGGCCUUCUCUUUUGCGUCGUGGGCCAGUGAGUCGUCCUCCCUGUGCAGAGAUGGUAGUGAUGGCUUACAGAAAUUCCCUUGGACAGCCUUGGCGAGAGACCAGAAUGCACGGGUUCCCGAAGGAACUUUUUCAUUAUGAUCAUUAAGUUUACAAUCCUUUUGUACAAACAAUAAUCCAAUAAUAAUAUUAAACUAAUAUUUUUUGCCUUUUAAAUCCAUUUAUGAUUAUACGUGUUGGAAUUUCG